AAGAAAACAUCAACAAGAUCGAAAGAAAUCAAACAUUUUUUUCCCCAAAAUUCAAGAAUCUUUGUUUAGCAACAAUGAUGGCAGCUAAAGCAAACCCAAAUUCCCUUUUCCUUUCAUCUUCAUCAUCAACCCAUUACUCUUCUCUCCCUUUUCAUCAGAUUUCUUUAAAAAAGGUUUCUUUUUUGGUUGAUUUUCAAGGUAGAAAGCUUGUUUUUGCUUGUUCUAAGAAACCCAUUCCGGGUUCUGUGAAUUUGGAUCCGAGUAUCUCGAAUUCCGGGUCCGGGUCAUCAAAGAAUGACAGUGAUGGAGCUUCAUCUUCUCCUUCCAAUGCCAUUGAUUUCCUCACUUUGUGUCAUAGUCUUAAGACCACAAAGCGGAAGGGAUGGGUAAAUCAUGCUAUAAAAGGUGCUGAAUCUAUUGCUGAUCAUAUGUAUCGUAUGUCCUUGAUGGCUCUGAUUGUUGGUGACCUUCCUGGCGUUAACAGGGAAAGGUGUAUCAAGAUGGCCAUUGUUCAUGAUAUUGCAGAAGCAAUUGUCGGAGAUAUAACUCCAUCUGAUGGUGUACCUAAGGCUGAAAAAAGCAGACUUGAGCAAGCUGCUUUGACUGAAAUGUGUGAAGUUCUUGGUGGAGGGAUGAGAGCUGAAGAGAUUAAAGAACUGUGGCAAGAGUACGAAAACAAUGCUUCACUGGAAGCCAAUCUUGUAAAAGAUUUUGACAAGGUUGAAAUGAUUCUGCAGGCAUUGGAAUAUGAAUCAGAACAUGGAAAGGUGCUGGAUGAGUUUUUCCUUUCAACUGCAGGCAAAUUUCAAACCGAAAUAGGAAAAAGCUGGGCAGCUGAAAUCCAUUUGAGGAGAAACUCCAGACUGGGGAACUGACUCAAAACUGAUCCCUCAUUGAUAUUUUGCAUUUAUACCAUCUUAGUGCCUCCCGUCUUCAAAUAGCAUGGAACGAGAGAGAGCAUAUUGUGUUAACGUAAUCAGAGUAACAAUGCACUUGCUUUUUGUUCAGCUAAGCUCCGGUUUAGCUGAACUCGAAGUAAAAUUUAGGUAGGAGAUGUACUCUAGGGAGAUAUACUUUCCGUGCUACGUGCACUAAGUAAAGUACGAGUAAGUUCUUUGUUGGUAGUCUUGACAUGAUGACAUCUUCACGUUUGUUUUCUAAAAAUUCAGCAGCUUUUGACAUGAUACAUUCUACUGUCUUGUGUAGAGUUAUAUGUACUCAUUUGUGACUUCAA